GUUCCAUUCUUGCCCUCAAUCCACCCCCGUACGCUCUGCUAUUCUACUCAUUCAUACAGUGCUUAUUUAGUUGUAUCAGAUAUAUCCAUGUGUAUUAAAGGUCUUGGGGAAUACUGAGUACAGAAGGACAGCAGCAUGGAUAUGUCAUCACCGAAGCAAUGAAUCAACUUCAACAAUACAGUGUAAGUUCACUUUGCGCCGUCUCCAAGAGAACAUUGAUAUCCCCCUCGACGGACUGUCCUAAUCUUCAGGGGCAUGUCAGUGAAUGUCGCAGGUGAUUAAAUAUGUGCUCACCUAUCUCGUCUCAUCUCCUCCGGUCGUUGCUCCCCUAUCCUUGAUCUCCAUUAUCACUGCACGACUAUGUCCGCCAACCAAGACGAAGAAUCUCCCGCCAAACGUAUUCGAGCAUCAACGUCUGGCUACAACGUCUUCCGGCCCGCCCGCGCUGCCAGCAGUGGUCAAGGAUCGACAUUCAAAAAUCCUUCCGCAGGGAAUCAAGCUCUCACAGGAGCCAGCGCAGCACGCCUUCCAACUUCCAUAUCGGAUCUCUGAUGGGAUUAGUUGCGACCUUACACGGUCAAAUACAGCCAACAUUGGAGGUCCAUACCUGGGUAAACGUUUGUCAGCAAGUUCGAUAGAGUGUGCGCGAUGUAGAUGAGCUCUCACUGGUGUCUCAACAUUACUCACUCAGCGAUGUUGCUUAUUCAUCACUGAGGCUGUCACUUAAGUGAACUGGGGCGCCCUCUGUUCUCAGCGACACUGUAGCCUUCUGAGGAUGACUAUGCAUGUUACGACUUUCAAAGUGUAUAUAAGGUCAGGUCGCAGCUCUUCACCCCCAUCUUCAUCGGGUUUGCAAUUUAUCUCCUCAAUCAUCUGGUUAACAUGACUAUUCCCACUCAGCAGAAAGCUCUACUUCUUCCAGAGCCUCACGCUCCUUUCGUUGUACGCACUGUCGAUGUAUACAAACCGGAAGCUGGAGAGGUGCUCGUUCGUGUCGAAGCGACCGCCCUUAACCCAGUCGAUUGGAAGAUCCAGGCAUGGAACUUUCUCGUAGACGAGUACCCCGCUGUUGUUGGUACCGACAUUACUGGAACCGUCGUUGAACUUGGGGAAGGCGUCACGAACGUUGCUGUUGGUGAUAAGAUUGUGUGGCAGGGCUGGUUCGCCAAUCGCCUUGCUUCCUUCCAGCAGUACACCAUUGCAAAGGUCGACAGAGUGGCUAAGAUUCCACCAAGCGUGAGCUUUGAGCAAGCAGCAACUAUCCCUGUUGGUGCAGCUGCCGCUUACGUUGGACUGUACGGCAUCAAGCAGAAGGAAGGCGGUGCGAAUCUUACUCCUUCUUGGAUUGAAGGCGGUCGUGGCAACUAUACCGGCCAACCCAUCGUCAUUUUCGGUGGCUCGUCCUCUGUCGGCCAAUAUGCUAUUCAAUUCGCCAAACUCUCCGGCUUCUCACCUAUCAUCACCACGGCGUCUCCACGCAAUUACGACCAUGUCAAAUCACUUGGUGCCACGCAUACCAUCAAUCGCUCCCUCUCGCCUUCUGACAUUGUCGCGGAAGUCAAGAAGAUCACGUCUGAGCCCGUCCAAAUCGUCUACGAUGCCAUCUCGGAAGAAGAUACCCAGAACACCGCCUAUGAUAUCCUCGCGCCUGGCGGCACCGUCGUAAUCACCCUCGCACAGAACGUUGCACAGGAGAAGAUCGGCAAAGACAAGAGCAUCAUACAUACGCUUGGUAAUGUCCACAUUGAGCAUAAUCACGCCCUUGGAGUUGGGUUCUUCAGUCAUUUGACUGAGUAUCUUGCUUCUGGGGAUAUCAAGCCCAAUCAAUUCGAGCUCGUCCCUGGGGGUCUUGAGGCGAUCCCCAAAGGUCUCGAAAGACUCAGGAAUGGCGAAGUUAGCGCCAGGAAGUUGGUGGUCAACCCGAAUGAGACUGUGUGAUUAGUGAACGUGUAGUGGACGUGAAGACUCGCCUUGUACCUUGUAUUAGCAUCAUCGAAUACCAGACCUUCA